UUCAUCUAUCUAUAUAUCUUCCAAUUCCUAUUCCUAUAUAUCACCCACUGACCCUUUCAAAUUGUUAUCUUAAACCCUACAACUGCAACAUUUUCCUCCCUCUGCUAAACCUACUACUCACUCCUCUUUCACUCUUCUCCUCCUAACCCUUGUUCCUUCGAAAUAUGAACCACGAAGACAAACUCACCAUGGACCUGGUUCCACCAUCUGAACACCUCUGCUACGUUCGUUGCAACUUCUGCAACACUGUCCUCGCGGUUGGUAUCCCAUGCAAGAGGCUGUUAGACACUGUGACAGUGAAGUGUGGCCACUGCAGCAACCUCUCCUUUCUGAGCACCAGACCCCCAAAUUCUCAAAACCAAAGCAUUGAUCACACCCUCAGUCUCCAGGGGUUUUACAGUAAUGCCAAAAAGGGACAAGCAUCGUCUUCAUCUUCCUCACCAACCACAUCCAACGAGUCAGUGUCCCCAAAAGCAGCAUCAUUUGUUGUGAAACCACCUGAGAAAAAGCAUCGUCUCCCAUCUGCAUACAAUCGUUUCAUGAAAGAGGAGAUACAGCGCAUCAAAGCAGCGAACCCUGAAAUCCCACAUCGAGAAGCUUUCAGCGCUGCUGCAAAAAAUUGGGCAAGGUUCAUUCCAAAUUCACCAACCAGUUCAGUUUCUGCAAGUAAAGUUAAUGCAGAUUGAUGGAGCUGUUGCAUUAUGGUUCAGAGAGAAUUGGAGCAAGUUAACUUAAUUAGGUGUCACUUAGUUAUAUUUAAUUAGGUGUUCAUUUUCUACAUCUAUAUCUUUUAAUUUCCUACAGUGUCGAGAUGAACUUUGUGUCUUCAUGUUGAUCUGAAAUGUGUUUAAUUAAAGAA